GAUAUGCAACGGACGUAUGAUUGCUGGUAGUAUAAUACCGUUUCGAAAACUUUUCAGCAACUUCAGUGUGAAAUGUGUCUUUACUAAACAAUUUAGCAUACUAUAACUACACAGCAAGGGUACAUUAUUAUUCUGGCGUUAAGUACGCUUUGGACGUAACGCAAGCGAUGUGGGCAACAGCGCCGCAGUACAGCCAAUCGGCGCUCAGAUGCAAGACAAACCAAAAUGGCGGUGCACUUCUGCUGCAUAUGUGGACAGUAGCCAUGUCAUGAAACAUAGCUGUUUAUUAUGUUGCAUCUGCCUGCAGGGGCUCAGGAAGUGGAUUUUAUAAACACACAAGUCGACUCCAAGUUGAUUUGGGAAGAGUACAUCUAAAAAGAGGCAGAUAAAACUCUUACUGAAUUCACUCUUCACUCAGCAGUAUGACGCAGGCGGUAGCCGAUGACACAGAAACCUCCCUAACGGAUGGGAUGGAAUCAAUGGUAGUUCGGGAGGCGGAUAAAACCGAGAAGUUGAGCCAGGGUGAGAAGAAGGAGAAAGAGACAGAAAAUGUCAAAAUGGACGAGUCGAACGAAACAGUGGAAGAGCCUCAGAAAGAAGAUGAAGAGGAUAAAGAUAAGGACGGCUUGGUGGAAGAUGAGCUGAAGGAAGGGGUUAAAGGUGAUGCAGAGACGGCGGUAAGGGAAUGUGAAGAGCGAAAAGGUGAUGGCGACUGGGAGAUCCCUUACAGUGAUGAGGAGAUGGAGAACCCCAAAUCCUGGAUGCCCCCCCCUCAGGAGAUCAAACGCCUGUACGAACUGCUCGCCAAAGGGGAUACACUGGAGCUCAACUGGGUGCCUCUUCCUCGCCGGCCCCCAACACCACCACGCACGCCGUCCCCUGAGAGGGACGGGGAGGAGUCACAGGAGCCUAAGGAGGAGGAGAACCAGAACAGGUCCCUGACUCCCACUGAGUUUGACUUUGAUGAGGAGCAGACGCCCAAGAACACCUUCAUCAACCGUCGCAGGACCCCAGGGUCCUCGGCACGGUCCAGUGUUCGUCGCGAGGCUCGGAUGGAUAAGGUCCUCUCUGACAUCAAACGCCACCGCAAGAUUGACGAGCAGCUCCUGAGGAGUGGACGCGACCUCUUCAAGAGUGACAAGUCGCGCUCAGCUCCCGCCCCCAAGGAGCCCCUCUCGCCCAACAGCCAACGGCAGCGGGAGCGGGACAAAGACCCCAGCACAGUCUUCAGCCCCAGGCAGAGGAGAUACUGACCAUGCCCCACACUGUGGCUCAUUCUGGGGCAGAUUAGCCCACUGCUAGCGCCUGUGUGUAUGCACAACAAAGAACUGUACAGGGGGCGCCAUGGACUUGUCAAACCUGAAUUUUAUAUGAUGGCAUUAAUGAUUCCGCGAUUGAUGCUGGAUUUUAUAAUAAGUUGAUAUGUUUAUGUCAGCGUGUGUGAGCGUCCAUUUUCUAUGACCGUAAUAAAUGUUGUGUUUUUUUUCCCAGA